AUGGCAAUCACAACUCUGGAUCAAUUGGGCAUCCUGCUUGUUACUGGAGCCGCCUACCUACUCGGAUUGGUCGUCUACCGUCUCUAUUUCAGCCCGCUUGCCAAAUUUCCAGGUCCCAAGAUAGCUGCUGCAACUUUGUGGUACGAAUUCAUCUAUGAUGUCCGCAAGCAGGGAAGGUAUCUUUGGAAGAUUGCUGAGAUGCACGAGAAGUACGGCCCAAUUGUGCGGAUCAAUCCUUACGAGCUGCACAUCAAUGAUCCUGACUACUACGACGAGCUCUACAUUCACGGCCCUCGGCGGACAGACAAGUACGAAUGGCAAAUGAAGGCCUUCGGACCCCAAACCUCCACAUUCCAAACCCUCAACCACGACCUCCACCGCGCCCGCCGCAACGCCGUAGCCCCCUUCUUCUCCACCGCCUCUGUCGCCCGCAUUGAACCCCUGAUCCAGACCGAUAUCGAAAAACUCAACGCACGCUUCCGCGACGCGCGAAAGACCGGCGUUGUGAUUGACCUCUUCCACGCAUUCCUUGCACUGACAAACGACAUCAUCUGCGAAUACGCAUUUGGUUCGCCGCAGGGCUGGCUGGAGCAGCCGGAGCUGGGGCGCGAUUGGGCGGAGGCGAUGUUCAAUGCGCUGAAGAUGUCGCCUGUGUUCAAGCAGUUCGGGUGGCUGUCGAAGCUGAUGAGGAGUAUGCCGCGGUCGGUAGCUAACAAGAUGAAUCCGAGACUCGCUACCUUUAUGAGUAUUUCGACGAUCUGCCAGAAGAGAGUCGAAGACUUGCGCGCUGAGACAAAGGACGGCAAAGAGAGCCCGAAUCAGCGCACUAUCUUCUCUGAGCUGAUGACGAAUAAGCAGCUCUCAGAGAUGGACAAGUCAGACAUGCGACUAGUGGGAGAAGGCAGGUCUGUUAUGACGGCGGGUGCUCAUUUCAGUUACCAGGUCGAAUACAACAGGCCACACCCUAGCCAUCAUAGCCUACCACCUGAUCAAAGACCAAAAGUUGCGCGAGAACCUGCAAGCAGAGCUGGGAGCUACCCUCGAGAUGUCGAAACCACCGCUCAGGUGGUCAGAGCUAGAGAAACUGCCGUAUCUGGUGCGCUGACGAUCCAACAUAUCUCCCUACCGUACAUCCUGCAAAUCACUGACGAUGUCCAGAACGCGAUCAUCACCGAAGGCCUCAGUCUCGCAUACUGCGAACUCUACCUAACCAUCGCGUCCGUGUUCGCGCCGGGGAAGUUCAACUUCGAGCUGUACGAGACGGACGAUAGCGAUGUCGAGAUCGUGCAUGACCUUUUCGCGCCGUUCGCGAGGCUGGAUUCGAAGGGGAUAAGGGUCAAGGUCCUCUAG